AUGGAAGGUGGUGGUGGUGGUGGUGGUGGUUUUGGGUAUGUGAAUUUACAAAACAACCCUUCUUUAUAUAGACCUAGUCCUCCAUUAACAGCCAUAGAGAGGUUCUUGUCAAGCAAGAACAACCAUUUCUCUCACCAACAGACUCAAAACAAUGUGCACAACCCAGGACUGCUCGUUCCGAUAAGCGUGUAUGGUGGUUUUUCUUCUUCUUGUGGUGCAAUUGGUGGCUACUCAAGCAACUUUUUGGGGCCAAGUUUUCCAAAGAAAAGCUUCAUAGAUGGGCUUUUCCAUGAUAGUGAGACUCUUAAAUGGACAUAUGAGAUAGAUCCUAAUAUGGGUUUGAGUGAAGAUGCCAAAUCAAAAGAAAGGAAUUGUAAAAGAGUGGCAAAGAGAGCAAAAGGUGGCACUUCUACAACUACUCUGAUCAAAGGACAAUGGACAGAUGAAGAAGAUAGGAAACUGCUCAAUUUAGUGACGCGGCAUGGAGUGAGAAAAUGGGCUCAGAUAGCAGAGAAUAUGGUUGGUAGGGCCGGAAAACAAUGCCGGGAGCGGUGGCACAAUCAUUUGCGCCCUGAUAUCAAGAAAGAUACUUGGACUGAAGAAGAAGAGAGCAUAUUGGUUGAAGCUCAUAAGAAAGUUGGCAACAGAUGGGCAGAAAUUGCCAAGAGAAUACCGGGAAGGACCGAAAAUUCAAUAAAGAAUCACUGGAACGCCACCAAAAGAAAGCAAAAUUCAAAAAGGAAUAACAUCAAGAAACCACAAGGCAGCCAGAAUUUGAAGUGUCAAUCUCAACCCUCCAUACUCCAAGACUACAUCAAAAGCAUGAAUCCAUCUAAUAGGGCCGCCACCACCACUGGCUCCACUGUCACUGAAGACUUCUCAACCCAUUUUGCUCCUCUCGGGGACUUAUCUGAUUCCUCUAUUGAUGACUCUCCAUAG